ACCGGAAAGGGGCAGCGCUGCGAGGAACAAUAGUCAAGUAAGAUUUUCCAGGAAACGCGGCGGAUUGAAGCGAGAGUUGCAGUAAAAUGUCUAAGUCCGAGGUUCUGAGAGGUUUUGUUACCGAGAGACUCGCCGCCGCCUCCCAGGAAAUCUUAGCGGCCGUGGACGGACUCGUAGCCGGGUACGAGGAGGAGGCGUCGGGCCUCAGACAGGAGAUCGACCGGCAGAGGAGACAGCUGGAGCUUCUCCUGCAGCCUCGGGUCAUACUCAACAAAGCCGGUGUGAAUUGCAGCAGGAGACUCCGCCAUGAUGAAGAGGAUAACGAAGAUGAGUACGACAAGAAUCUGGAUAUGAAUAACAGAACUCCAUCAAGGUCUUUGUCUUCCAGAGGUCAGUUAGAGCAGAGGAAGCAAAGCGGACCUCAGAUCAGUGAAACUCAGAACCACGUGGACCUCAGGAUCCGAUUCCAGGAGAACCUACAGACCGAAGUACCUUCAAAAAAAGAUGUUCAGUAUCUGUUCCUGAUUAAAGAAGAGGUUCCCCUUGAGUUGAGCCCUCGUCUGGAUCAGGAGGAACCAGAGAACCCACCUCUUAAAGAGGAACAGGAGGAACUCCGGACCAGUCAGGAGGGAGAACAGCUUCAAAGGUUGGAGGAGGCUGAUGGUGCCAUGGUCCCACUCACUCCUGUCCAUGUGAAGACUGAAGAUGAUGAGGAGAAACCUCAGUCUUCACAGCCUCAUCGAAGCCAAACUGAAAGGAGCAGAGAGUCAGAGCCUCUGUCCAGCAGCUCAGCUCAGCAGAUGGAAACAGAGGCUGAUGGAGACGACUGUGGAAGAUAUAAACCAGACAGGAACUUAGAUCCACUUGGUCAUCUUCAACCAGACACAGAUGAAAAAGUAUCAGAGUCUUCCAACACAGAAGACAGUGACAUUGAUUGGAAGGAAACCAAAGCAAGAUUUAAGGGACAGACGAAUCUUAGGUGGCACAUGAACGCCCAUACAGGAGAGAAACCAUUUGUUUCUAAAGUUUGUGGGAAAGAAUCCUACCAACAGCAUCAUGUCACAGCGGACGUGAAAGUCCAUACAGGAGAGAAACCAUUUGGUUGCAGUGUUUGUGGGAAGGGAUUUAAUGUGAAGAGGAAUCUUAAUAGGCACAUAAAAAUUCAUACAAGAGAGAAACCAUUUGGUUGCAGUGUUUGUGGAAAGAAAUUUAAUGCGAAGAUGUAUCUUACUCGGCACAUAAAACUUCAUACAAGAGCGACACCAUUUGGUUGCAGUGUUUGUGGGAGGAGGUUUAAUGCGAGGAGGAAUCUUACUAGGCACAUAAAACUUCAUACAGGAGAGAAACCAUUUGGUUGCAGUGUUUGUGGAAAGACAUUUAUUGUGAAGGCGAAUCUUACUAUGCACAUAAGAGUUCAUACAGGAGAGACACCAUUUGGUUGCAGUGUCUGUGGGAACAAAUUUAAGGUGAAGGGGGCUCUUACGAGGCACAUGAAAGUCCAUACAGGAGAGACACCAUUUGGUUGCAGUGUUUGUGGGAAGAGAUUUAAAGAAAAUGGGGAUCUUACGAGGCACAUGAAAGUCCAUACUGGAGAGAAACCAUUUUGUUGUGAUUUUUGUGGGAAAAGAUUUAGAAGACAGGGGGAGUUAAUGCAGCACUCAAGAAUUCAUACGAAAGAGAAACCGUUCAGUUGCAGCUUCUGUGGCAGGACAUUCAAUCAUGAUUCAAACAGGGUAAAACAUAUGAGGAUAUGUAAACAAAAGCAUGUUAUUGAAAGCAGCAGCAGUAAGUGAAACUGCAGAGUUGCUGGUUCAGUAGAACUGUAACAGCAUAUAACAGCAUAGUUGAAAUACAUCACAUGUUUCAAAUUUACUGUUUUUUGUAUGAAAGUGUAACAUGAAUUAAUUUCAAAACUUAACUCCUUGUUGCAGAUUUAUACUGGGGUUACGCGACCUUAACCAUAGUCAGAUCGGCCAAUCGUCACCCAGUGCAAUUGCAAAAGACGUGCUUCAGAAUAAUUUUUUAUCACCUGGACAAUGUUUUGUGUGAACUGACUUUUUAAACCAGAUGUUUAGGACAGAGAUAACCUUUCCUUUGUGAAUAAUAAAACUCUUUCAUCAGUUUACAUUGAAUUCAUUUAUAUUUGAUUUUUUUUAAUUACCAUCUUUUGAAGGUACUUCGGUCUGUGGGUUCUCCUGGAUGCGGAUCCUGAGGUCCAUGUGGUUCUGAUUUUCACUGAUCUGAGGUCCGCUGUGCUUCCUCCACUCAAACUGACCUGAAAGAUGAAGAUUAGCAACAGCUUUAUUACAAAAGUCCCAAGCUGCCAAUACUAAGAAAUAAAUGUAAUAACUCAACUGAGGUUUCAUUUUCCAUUUGUGUGGAAAUAUCUCAUAUGAUUAAA